UUGCUCCGCUUGGGCCUCGCAUUUUCGGUUCAGCUGCGGGCGAGUUCGGAGGUGUCUACUAGGUGUCUAGCUAAAGGAUACUUCUUCAAAAAUAUCACCGGGUUGCUUGAAAAGCUAUAACUGCACUAAGGAAAAUAAUAAAAGACCUAAAAAGGCAUUGAAGACGGCGGAUUAGUGUCUCAGCCUUCAGUUUUCGGCAAAAAAAAUUGCGUAAAGAAAGUGCUUAACCAAUCAUUUGAAAUUCAAUUGUAAAAAAAUAUUCCCUUGCAAUCUUAAAGAUAAACACUUACAAUAGGAUUGCAAAAUCUAACAUAAAAAAAAUGCUCGUGUCUUCAGAUCUUGGAGAAAGUGUUUUCCUGCCACUGCAAGAAUUUCAAAGAUAAUUUGGAGAAAAAGGUUUUCUUCGCAGUCUAAAAAAAGAAAAACAACAAAUCUGAUUUAUUGAAAAUCAAGAACUCAAAAAGUUCCAAGUGGUUAAAGGCUCAGAAUAAGAAAUCUGAACUCUACGAAAAGAAUAACCCUGUGGAUUGCAUGUAAAACUAUACACCUAUAUAGUACAUCUGAGUUUUUGUGUUGCGGACUGGAGAAAGUGUACUUAGAGAAUUUCUCGAGAAAACCACUUUUCAUGUUGGCUAAACCACAAUGUCGGGAUAUGUGAGCCGGGAUUUGCAUUGGCUGCACUUUCUGCUGGCCAUGUGGGCUGUGCUGCAGGUGACCCACUGCCAGCCGUAUCAGUUGCCGCUGCAACGCUGCUCCAACCGCCUGGAGAAUGCCCUGGAGCACAUGCGACGCCGCAGUGUCCAGACCAAGAGCUCCUCCUCCACCUCCUCCUCCUCCGGACGAGCCAUGUGGGAACCACCGCCGCAGAGUCCCUACCAGUUGUACCACAGUUUCUAUGGCCAGCACAGCGAACCGGAGGAGGACUUCUACAAUGUAGGCGGUGGUGGUGGCUACCACACGGGGCGUGGCUACCAUGCCAAGUUGCUGCAUAAAAACGGGCAGGCCUAUCCCUUUGCCGGUGCCAGUGGUGGUGGUAGAGGAGCCCUGGAACUGGAGGAUCUGCUGGCUGUCAACAGGCAGCCCCACAAACUGGGGGCCAUUUCGCGGGUGGAUGUGGAGGACCUCAAGGUGCGAGUGCCGCCGGCAAAGUCGGCCAGUCGCUGGGUGGAGAUCGACAAGUGCAAGUUCAGCACGGAGAACUCCACACUGGACACCAGGCUGAUCUUUCCGGACCUCACUCUCAGCGGAAAGGUGGUGAUGCAGCCGAUGGGCGGCAAGUGUCACAUGAUUCUGCGACUACGACACGCGGGCAUUGAGUUUCGCACUGUUCCCCUGGGCUACGAUUCUGGUGCCUCGGCCUAUGAGCAAUCCCGCAGAUUGGGAGCCGCCUCGGUGCGCACGGAUUCGCACUUCGCAGAGCCCGGUUUUAUAUCCGUGUUUGCCCAUGGCUGCCAGGGACCCACUGGGAUACGCCUGCGUCAGAGUUCCAAGCGGAGAUUUGGCACCGGCACUCCGGAUGUGGAGCUAGGUGAACCGCAUGUUAUACUGGGUAGCAAAAGAACCCAGAGAUGGGGCAAGUAUCACAAUCAGGAGGGCUACGACAUCCGUCUGGGGCAGAAGAGUCCGCAGCGGGAUAUGGAUCCUGCGCUGGAGCUGGGCGGCGAUAGCCAGGACCAGGAUUCGGCUGAGUUCAUCGAUGUCCAUGGCGACAACUUCUACCGGCGGCAGUUUAGCAAGAAGAGGAGACGCCGCCGGCGUCGUUUUGCCCGGGAAGACUUCCAGGACCAGAUGAACUUCAGCGAGGAUGUGCUGCACUUCGAGGAUGAGCAACUGCAGCAGCUGGUGGAGCCGGAUGCCCGGGCCUUUGCGGAUAUCUUUGGCGGAUCGAGUCCCAGCGGAGACCGCGAGGAGCUGGUGGGCGAGGCCAUGUCCCACGAGCUGGAGAAGCUGUUCUCCAUGGGAGUGAGGGGUCUGCUUACCACCUACAUGCAGAGGGCUCUCCAGCCGGCCAUCAAGGAGACCCUGAUGGAGAACAUGGGCUAUACCUUGAGUUAUGGCUAAAAGAGGCACUCACUUUUAAGGUCUCCUAGUUUUUAAAACCCCCUCUAUUUAUGUCGGAUGCUGCAGAAAUAAAAGCUAAGCUUUAAGCGAUUCUUAACAAUUUCUCUCUUUUAUGAGAAAGGAAACCCUGAUGGAGAACAUGGGCUUUACCUAAAGUUAAGGCCUAUACCUUUUAAAGUCUCUUAGUCUUUUAAAUCCCCUCUAUUUAUUGUCUGAUGCAGCUGAAAUAAAAGCUAGGCUUUAAGAGAA